UCUGGCCGGGGGUGAAGUUUCUCCUGCGUUUCCGCUUGAACGGCAUCCAGCUGCCUCGCCUUUAAAAUGCCAGGCCGGCCGCCGCUCCGCUCAGAACCCCCUCUCGGCGGCUGGUUCGGGCUCGCCCGCUCCGCCGGGGCGCUGACUCAGCCGCAGCCGGGCUGCCGCGCACACAGCCCGGCCUGGCAGCGCCCCCUGCGCCCCGCCGACCCCGGCCGGGAGGUGCCGCAGCCAGCCAGGGCCCCGACAGCGCACGGGACAGGCCUUUCCAGCCACGCCAGCGCCACUGCCUGCUCUCCACGGGAAGGUCACUGCUCUCACUGGCUCCCGGCUGUGAUGUCUCGCCACCCCCUCUUCCUCUGGCAGCAGCCCCACCCAGGGGGCCGGCCCACCCUGGGGCCCUUAUGAAGAGGUGACCACUCCGACCAGCAGGGGCGGAAGAUGGUACCAGCCAGCCUGGAGCCGCAGGAGGAGCCUGCAGCCGCCGCCCUGCGAUGGAGGAGCCCACGCCCGAGCCCGUCUACGUGGAUGUGGACAAAGGGCUGACCCUGGCCUGCUUCGUCUUCCUCUGCCUCUUCCUCGUCGUCAUGAUCAUCCGCUGCGCCAAGGUCAUCAUGGACCCUUACAGCGCCAUCCCCACCUCCACCUGGGAGGAGCAGCACCUGGACGACUGAGGCGCGGGGGGGCGGGGGCGGGCUGCCCCGAUGCACCCCGGCGUCCCCACAGACACGGGGGGUGGACCUGGCCCCCAGGGGUGGGAAGAGUCACUGUAGCCUUGCCUGCUCUCACACGAGCGCCAGGGGGACACACUUGGGGUGCUGUGGGGGGUCCAGCCGCGGCCCGUUGGGAGUCACGUGGGCGGUCGCCUUCCCUGGCUCCAGCGCAGACGCCCCUCCAACACACCACAGUGGUCUCGCUUGGAGGGGACCUUCUGCCCCGGAGAUGCGGAGUAGCGCGUGCACCGGCCCGGGGGCUCCCGGCUCCGAUGUCCCUCCUCCCCCGACCCCAAGCGCCACCCAGCGCGCCGUCGCGGAAGGAGAUGGAGGUGUCUCCUCGGAAAACCCAAUGAAGGCGCCGGGGCUGCUUGCCAGCCGUAUUUUUUUAAACUAAAACAGAGAGGGGUAUAUUUUUCCUGCUGCAGGUGAAAUGUGCAUUUUAGAAAUUUGGGAAAAUACAAAAAAAAAAAAAAGAAGGAAAGGGAGGAAAUAACACUUAUAAUCUCCCCUCCCAGAAGCCGCCACUUUGAAAUAUUCUCCCGGCCUUUUUUUUAACACGUAUUUUUAAAAUAGAUUCGCACGGCAUGCAUGGCGUCGCCCCACCCCAGCCACAGCAUGAAGACACCCCCCUCCCUCAGACGCCCUCGCACCCCACCCGGUGAGGGGCUGCGGAGAGUCCCGGCAGGUGGCAAGGUCGCAGUUUAAUAAUCAUGUCCUUUGGUCAAAC